AUGGCGACGACUACAUCAGCGAUUAUUAUGUUCGGAUUUCAAAAUGGAAAUAGUUAUGAAUAUUACCUGGAUACAGUGUCUGUUGUUGAUAAUAGUGCAUCUACAAUUCAAUUGCUCAACAAUCCAAACUUUGAAAAUUCAACAACAACAGCAACAAGCUGGGUUCAAUGGUGUACAAGCACGUGCAGUAGUGUCUCUGGACAGAUAACCAGUGGUACAAACUGCUAUUUACCAACUGGCAAUUGCUUUAUGGACGGCUGUGACGCUCCAGGUAUUGACUUUCUCGGUCAAUCAUUUUCAACGCUAAUUGGACAUAAUUAUACAGUUUCAUUUUGGUUGAAAUUAAGUAAUGGAGGCUUUCCCAAUGCUAAUCGAUUUUAUGCUGACAUUGUCUAA